AUCGCCACAGUUCCAGCAAGAAGGAAACGAGCACGAACUGCCAAGAAAGAAAGAAAGAAAGAAAGGCGGGGGUGAAACUCCAGGAAGUGAGGCCAACCAGCAGCAGCACUCGUCUGAUUCACGGGACAGCCAAUCCCCGCUCCAGCUCCAGACAAGCAGCCUCUUCUUUAAGCCGAUCAGCCUUGAAUCAGGCCACUGACACAGGAAGAAGAAGACCUGGUACCUUGCUUUCUCUUUUUUUUUUGUUCCUGAAGGGAUUAAAACAGAGAAGACACAAACUCGUCGGCAUGAUGAUGCAGAUGCAAGAGACCCCCAACCAGAAGAACUCCCUCUUCAACGCCAUGAACAGCUUCAUCGGCGCCGUGAACAACAUGGACCAGACCAUCAUGGUGCCCAGCCUGCUGCGCGACGUGCCCGUGGACGGGGACAGCGAGCUGAGCUCCCUGAAGGCGGACAUGGACGAGGGGGACAUGUACAGCCACUACCAGCUGCUCAAGUCCAUCCGCAGGGACAUCGAGUGGGGCGUCCGGUGCGCCGCGGCGGACGAGAGGCGCAAGGAGGGCAUGAAGAUCAGCCGCACCAACUCCUCCGCCUCCACCUCCUCCUCCAUGUCCACCGCCUCCCUGUCGUCCUCCGACGAGGACGACGACGACGAGGAGGAGGGAGAGGACCUGGAGAAGCAGUUCCAGUUCCACCUGGUGGGGCUCCAGGGAGUGCUGUCCAAGCUGACGCAGCAGGCCAACUGCCUGACCAGGCGCUACAAGAAGGAGGUGGGGAUCGGAGGCUGGGGCCAGUAACACUCAGAGGACACUUCAUCCUGAACAGGCUUCCCUCUUCACUCCCCCCUCUCUCCCCUCUGCUGGCCGGAGUGCCUGAGCUGACUCUGCUCCAAAGGCCGCCGCUGCUGCUGAAACUAACGGACAGACUGUGGAGCUCUGGAGGCGCAGCAGCCUCCUCUCUCCUCUCCACGGGCCCUCCCGGUGUCGGUCUACUCUGCUGUCAGGACUGGAUGUGGAUGUGUUGAUCCUGUGGAAAGCUUUUUGUUCCUCAACUCUCACGCUUUGCACUCAGAUGUUUUGCACAGUGUGCAUUCAGAUCAAGUGAUACACAAAUGAAACAUAUUUAAUACUUUUUUUCUUUUUUACUAUUUAAAGUGUAUUUAUUACCUGUAUGUUUAAGAGCCUGUUUUUAUUUCAAAGUUUUAAAAAGGAGUGGAUGGUGUGAUGAGAUGGCAUUUACUUUCGAGCUGCCCUUCUGAUGGGGGAUAUUGACAAAAGACUUGACAUCCUGUCUGUGGUGUCGAUGAUGUCGGUGUGUGUUCUGAUAGAUCUGUGUAUGACGAUUGAUCCUCUUCAAUCCGACGUGUCUGGUGUGUGUUUAAAUUUGCGUGGAAGGAGGCAGAUGCUUACUGUAGCUGUCCAUGAUCUCCCCGCGUCCUACAUGGCCAGUGAACUGGAAUCACAUGAUAAUUCUCCUUUUUACGGAGAAUAAUGAGGGUUUCCAUGAGAUGCUGUCAUUGUUGUCACUGUCUUCUCGUCUGUUUUCUGUUGUUGUGGUAUUACUGUUAUGAGGUCCAUCUGUCAAAUUCAGCAAGUGCUUUUGUAUGCAACAUGUGCACCAUUUUUAUACUGACAUUUGUUUCAAGAAUAAACUUUUAUAAGAAUUUA